GGAGGAGGAGGAGGAAGAGUGUGGCUGCAGUCGUCGUGAGAAGAGACAAGAAGGUAAGCGAUGCUUUCUCGUGGUUUCACGUUGGUCGUUUUAACAACAAGAUGAGCGGUCAGCCAGCAGAUGGUACGCUCCUUUAUCCCUCCAUCCUGCUUCUGUUUUCCCUUUUUUUUUGUCCCUCCAUCUGCUGGCUUUGAAGAGCAGCGCGGUGUGAUACUGCAGAGAGGGGGAGGGGGAGGGGGAGGGGGUUGUUAGCAUCCUGAAGCUCUCACUGACACACAAGAUGCUAGCAUAAUAGAAGGGGUGCACUGGUUUCCUUCCGUCACUGUGGGGUGCAACCACGCCCUCCUCGUGAUGAUGAUGAUGGUGGCAGCGGCGGCUUUGUGGCGGCGUAAACAAGUCAGUGGAUUAGCUUCAUUCCGUUGCAUGCGGUGUCAGCUGUGUGAUAGAAUGUUGACAGUCUGCCUCCAAAAUAACAUCUCACUUCCUGCCAGCCUGUGAUAUCAUGGCGGGACUCUCGUGUCGCUAAAUAAGCCAACCCAAACAUUAGCCUUCGGUAUGACAACACCACAAAUGAUAAGAGGAAGUCCAUAUUUCCAGCAUCCGAGUACAAACAGAACACUGGAACGCCACUCAAACCCUCUGUGCUCAAUCAAAGACAGUGGACCUAGAAGGGAUCCUUGAGGAACACCUUUGGUUCAUAGCAAAAGUUUAGCACCACUGAAAUGCAAAAUAUCCUUUGAAAACAUUAGUGUCAGAAUAUGACUCUAUAACCCGCUUGGUCCAGCCAGCCCCGCGGGUUUGCCCGUGCUCGAAGCAGGGUCUGCAGAAUGCGGGUCGAAAGCACUAGCCAUCGAGUUAAAAGCCUGAGUGAGGUUUUGCAGACGGCAGAUGGCAUGUGUCGCAUGUCGUCGGUCUUUAACAAAUGGCCUGUUUGGAGCAGCCUGAAGCAGCAGACGUGUGUGUUUGUGUCGUGCAGCAUGUGCACGAUCCGCCGGGAUCUCACGUAUUAGUUUUAAAGCACAAUGAGAUGAUUCUCAGCAGCACUUUCUAGAAGCUUCUUAUCUGUUUUCCCAGGCAACAGUACUCUGUGUUAGCAUGGUGGGUAGACACUGAUGUCAGCGACCCACUUUGACCCUCGAGUGUCGCUAAAAAAGCCAACCAAAACAUCAGUGCUUAUGCACCAGCAUAACAACACCACAAAUGACACAACUAUAAUAAUUAUGAUGUCUUCCAGGAAAUUCAAAGUUCUUACGCAUCAACUUGGGGUAAGUCACGUAACAGUGGACCCCUUUGUGCUUAGACACACUGACAAUACAUUUCAGAAACAUUUUAUUCCAGAUAUUCCUCCAUUUUGUCUUUUUAAGAGACAGCCUGCUCUGAACAGCUUGAUCGUCGUCCCAACAAGAUGCUGUCAUAAGAAGCAGCAGAUGCUCUGUUGUGUUGUGUUACUCACUACGCGCGCAGCCUGUGGAAGAUCAGCCUGUUUCUUUUAAAACGCUACGUCAUGAUUGUCAGCGGCACCUUCUCCAAGCUUCGUUUUUUUUCCCCCAGCAACAGACAAAAGUAUUGGGGCACAAUUCCACCCACAGGAAGUGAAAAGUGAAGAAAAAGUUUGCAGCUACAUCAGCCUCCACUCCUCCAAGAGGAUUUUGGCGUCUAUGCGGGAGUUGUCUUGCACACCGCUUUGUGCACUGGGAUCAGAAAAGCGUUUUCCCUAAAUAGUCUAAAAUCUCUUGCUAUUUAAGAACUAAGAUGGUGAAUCCACGAAAUACCUGUCAACAUUAGUAAAGAAUUGGAAAAUUUCCGUCAUUUCCGGAAAACAAGGGAAAUUCUGGUCUUUCCAGCAAAAUGAGCUCCAGCGCUGUGGUGCUGUCGUUUUGACAACAUUGCAAGACACAAGACACCUCUAUAAAUGAUCUAAUUUCUCAGAGAAAAUAAUGUAAGAACCUUAAUGACCAAAUUCAAACACAUGCAGGAGGUGGUUAUCUACGAGGGUGUCAUAUUUGUUGCUGAUCCUGCACUCGUGUGCAGCGUAUGAGUCCAUAUUUGAAGCUCUGAUGUUGUGGACUUUUACGUCCAGAUGAACAUGUGGUAAAAAAGGUGCCGUCCAAUCAGCUGACUGGUGAGCUCCAUCAUGUUUGUGUGAUCAGCCGCUAAGCUCCUAAUGAGAUUUCAGCAGCAGAACGUCAUUUUUGUUGGAACGCCACCCAGAAAGUGUCAUGUCUGAGUCUAUUUGUGGAGCGCUGACGUGGACUUCUGGCGCUCCGGGCGUCUUGUGUGAGUGAGCUUCUCUGUCCAUAUUUCACUGGUAUGUUAUAUGGACAUAUGUCAUAUUUUGUCUUUUCUGUGCUCAUUAAGCAGCAUAAUGGUUCAUACUGAAGUAGUCCUCCCUUUCCUCCCAGGUUUUCUCCUCCUCACGUGACUGACCCAUGAAAGAAGCCAUGCCGGUCCUUACAGCGGGAGCAGGGCUCCACGAAACGUUGGCUCUGCUGACCUCGCAGCUGCGUCCCGACGCCAAUCACAAGGAGGACAUGGUGUUCCUCAAGGACGUUUUCAGCGAGAGGAGCUUGGGGUACUUGAUGAAGAUCCACGAGAGGCUGAGACAGUAUGAGAGACAAAGCCCGACUCCUGUCCUCCACAGUGUUUCUCCUCUGGCUGAAGAUGUGGCGGACGAGCUGCAGAGCAGAGCCAUGAGCUCGGAGGAGAGGGAGCUGGUGCACCUGCUCACGUCGCCACAUCUCAAGGCCCUUCUGUCUGUACACGACACCGUCGCUCAAAAGAGUUUUGAUCCCGUCCUGCCGCCGUUGCCGGAUGACUAUGAGGAUGAGCUGGAGGAGGAGUCGGUGAAAAUAGUGCGUCUGGUGAAGAACAAGGAACCUCUGGGCGCCACCAUCAGGCGAGACGACGUGACCGGGGCCGUGAUCGUGGCUCGCAUUAUGAGAGGAGGCGCCGCGGAUAGAAGCGGUUUGGUCCACGUCGGAGAUGAACUCAGAGAAGUCAACGGCGUCUCGGUGAUCCACAAGAGGCCAGACGAGAUCAGUCAGCUGCUGUCUCAGUCUCAGGGGUCCAUCACACUCAAGAUCAUUCCUGCUGUUAAAGAGGAGGACAGACUGAGGGAGAGCAAGGUGUACGUGAGAGCCUUGUUCGACUACAUCCCCUUGGAGGACAAGGCCACUCCUUGCCAGGAGGCGGGACUCCCCUUCAAGCGGGGCGACAUCCUGCAGGUGGUCACCCAGGAUGACCCCACAUGGUGGCAGGCCAAGCGGGUGGGCGAUAGCAACCUGCGGGCUGGGCUGGUCCCGUCCAAGCAGUUCCAGGAGAGGCGACUGGCCUACAGGAUGAAAGUAGGCACGCUCCCGAAUCCCAAAUCCCCCAAAACGCCAGCCUUUGACCAAGCGUGUGACAAGGACGACUGUGACUGUGAGGGCUAUUUCAAUGGACAGUAUAUAGCUGGUCUACGCAGGAGCUUCCGCUUGAGUCGGAAAGACCGGCAGGGGUCCUCAAGUGACGGUUCCGAUCUGGGAGACUCAGACUUCCUGACCUACGAGGAGGUGACCCGCUACCAACAGCGGCCCAAUGAGAGGCCCCGACUGGUGGUACUGAUUGGUUCUCUUGGAGCACGAAUCAAUGAACUCAAGCAGCGGGUGAUCGCAGAGAACCCACAUCGCUACGCGGUGGCAGUACCACACACCACCAGACCCAAGAAAGCUCACGAGAAGGAAGGAGUGGAGUAUCAUUUUGUCACCAAGCAGCAGUUUGAUGCGGACGUCCUCAACAACAAGUUCAUAGAACACGGGGAGUACAAGGAGAACCAGUACGGCACCAGCAUCGAGGCCAUCCGCUCAGUGCAGGCCAAGAACAAGAUGUGUGUUGUAGACGUUCAGCCUGAGGCCCUGAAGAGGCUGAGGACGGCCGAGUUUAAGCCUUACGUUGUUUUUGUCAAACCGCGGGUCCCUGAGAGCAGAAGGCGACGCACCACCGCCGCCAGCUCGCCAGGGGGUGCGGAGCAAGGCAGAAUCACAGAUGAGGACCUCCAGGAGAUGCGUCAGUCGGCCAUCCAGAUGGAUCAGCAGUAUGGACACCUCGUGGACAGGAUCCUGAUCAAGGAGGACUCGGCCAGCGCCUGUACGGAGCUGAGGAGUAUUUUGGAAAGACUGGAGCGUGAAUCUUUCUGGGUGCCUCUCAGCUGGGUUCGGACCUAAAACCUUAAAUAUCAACGCAUCACGCAUCUUCCAAACCACGCCUCUAAGCGACUUAUCCAGGACUCCAAAGUGAGCCAAGACCAGAAGGAAGAUGAUCAUCUCCUCAGUCAAUCAUCUUCCACUGUUCACCGCUGGUCCACUCCAGUAGGAGAUCACUCAGUCAGCGUUACCAUGACUCCUGUUGGAGUCCACCUCGUAGCAUGUUUUUACUUUAUGACUUCACCGAAUGCUUCCUGGAAAACAAACACACAAACUUACUAAAUACUCGACGGAAUGUGAGAAGUUUAUUUUUUCAAAUGUGCAUGACGGCAGCUUGUUUAGUGUGUGGACGUGUAAAUAAUGUACGUGUGACCCCUCGUGUGCCAACGAAUCAUCUUGUAGCACUUUGUUGCAACCGGUUUACCUUCCAUCCUUUUGGAUCCUGCAUCUCUGUUUUUGUUUCACAUUUUACUUGAACACACGGACUACGGGUGACAGCUAAAUGCUAAUGCUAACUGCUAAUUGAAGUAAAAGUGUUUUUUUUUAGUUAAUCAGGCAAAGAAUGAUGACUCUACAUUGCAUCUUGUCUUUAAAAAGUCGUUAAGAUGAUUUGGAUACAAAAAAAACAUACAGUUUCUCUUUUUAAAGACUAAAAAACAAACAUUGUCAAUGAUGUCUAUGGUACUGCUUGUUAUAAUUUUGGAUAUGAUUAAGUAAUUUCAAGAUACAUUAACUCAUGGCUGCAAUAAAACUGCUGCAGAAAAGACCUAAAAUCUGACAUGCGCACUAAUGAAUAUGUUAGCUUGGUAUGAGAAUUGACUAAAAAAAAUGUACCCUUUACUACAUUUGAUGCUUUUUUUUGUCUGCUCACGUGCUGUACAACCCACACCACCACCACCACAAAGGAAUUUGUAAGGUGUCAUGUAAAAAGUGCCAUAAUAAACAAAAGAAUGAAGCUCG